UUUACAAAGAACCAGCAAUGGUGGAGGAAGUGUACACUGGAUACCUGCACAAGUCUCCUGCUCAACCGACCUUAUUAAAAACCUUCAAAUCAUGGAAACGCCGUUUUUUUGUGCUCUCCAAGACGGGCGAAGACGCCUGCCAUCUGACAUAUUAUACCAACAACGAAAAGAGAGACAAACCUGUGGGAGAGAUCAACAUUUCUAAGAUCAUCUUGAUUUCUACUGGCCUAGAGACACAACAGAUGCGGGACUGGAUUCAGAAACACUUCAAGUGUCCUCCAUCCUCUGUGCUGUUCUUGAGGGUGGAAGACGACACACACAAAAACAGCAGAGACUAUUUUCUCAUUGGAGAAGACAGUGAUGAUGUGAAUGGUUGGUACAAAGCCCUGAAUACCCAGAAAUCAAAUCAACAGAGACAUACAUUUGACACCAUUGAGGACAGCAGAUUUAGAUCAGAUUUAGAGAAGUGUCCAGAACCAAAGGUUGAAGAUCAGUCUGACGACAAAUAUGAAUAUGUUAACAAGUUCAGCGAGCCUCCAGUACCAGUAGCGCACAAGAUUUCAGUUAACGAGGAUAAAGAUGAGAAGGAUGGGAAACAGGAUGAAUCUCCAGAAAACAGCAAUGAAUACAUGCAGAUGGCAUCAGUGCAAAUGGCGUUGGAAGAUGUCCAACCGGAGGCGGACACUGCAUGCAUACAGACAAACACUUCCAUUAAUGGCCACGAGUCCUCUGUGUGCAAUGGUGCCAUCAACCAGGAUACGGACGAUGAAAAUAAACGAAUGAGUACAGAUGAGAGACAUUCUCUGCCUCGUCUCCUCAACUCCAAUGGGAACUGUGGCUCUACAGAGCUAAACGAGGCGCCUUUAAACAAGAGUGAAAUGCACACACAUGUUGAGAAGGAGAUCUGCAUUAGUCAAAACAGUCUGAAAAACAGUCUGAUCUUGAAACAGGAAGAAGGCAAACCAUGUGUGUCUGAGUGUCGGCAGAUUCAGGAUUCACUUCUAUUCCAUAAGGGGGAUCAAAUCCUGGCCUUCAAUGACCUGCUAACAGACACAGUAGAAGAGAUACAGACAUACCUAAGAAGACUAAGCAAGGAUGAGGUAAAACUCACUAUUCGGCGGUUUCUAGGAUCCCAGCCUCUGCACUCUGAACCCUGCACAUCACUCUGAGAACAUGAAACAAAAUCUCAUGUGAAUUCUCUUAUCACAAUUGAGUUAUUAGAAAUAUUGUGCACACCUAGUUUAAGAUCAAAGGAUCUGUUGGACAUUAAAGCUCAUUCAUUUGAGUCUAAU